ACUUAGCCCUUGAAGCUUUUGAGCCUGAAUCCUGGUCGUGCGUGGACUGUCGUUUUUGUUUACAAUAUAAACGAAACGGCAUUAAAACUAUAGUCUUGCACAAUUCUCACAUACGCAUAUGCGGCCUUUUUGAUCUGUAACUUUUCGGGUCCUUCUCUUCAUCUUCCAUCUCCACUCUGCCAGAGAAAAAGCGCGUGAAAAUUCAUAAACUUCUCCUCUUCUUCAACUCUCCUUUUGCUUUCCUAAAUCAAACACUAAUUUCUCCAUUCUCUCUUUUUUAUUUUCUGAUUAUUUCACUUCGGCGAUCCCUUCAUUUUCUCUGAUCAUAGCCUAUUUUGUCAACACAAGCCUUGCCUUGAGCAUCAGCUGUCUCUAAUCGAUUCUUAAACCUCGAAUUCGACGGCGUGGUUGAUUUUUAUUCUCGUAGGAAUUAGGGCGUAAGUUAGCUGUGUCGACUCUGGGAGGAUGUUUUUUACCGGUGAUCCAACCACUCGGAAGCGAGUUGAUUUGGGAGGCCGGAGCUCCAAGGAGAGAGACAGACAGAAACUUAUUGAGCAAACUAGAUUGGAGCGAAACCGUCGAUUGUGGUUGCGCCAACAGAAUUCGGCUGCAAUAAAAAUUCAGAAAUGCUUUAGAGGGAGAAAGGCUGUGGAAGCUGAGCAUGAUAAGGUGCGAGAUCAGUUCUAUAGAACCUAUGGGAAGAGUUACCUAAAUAUUAACAGGCAAUCUUUUGGUCCAGAUUCAGAGUUCCUACGCAAUCUAUUCUUUUUCUUCAAUGCACAAAAUAAUGGUGAUUUUACUGUCCUUGUGGAGACCUGCCGAUUGCUUUUGCAACUUGUUCAAGAUAAUGGGGAUAUCAUUAGUCUGUUUGGUGGUGUAGAUUAUCUGACCAAUCAUGCUUUGGUGGACUAUAGGGUGAAACAACUUGCGUUCUGUUGUAUUCAGGCUGUAUAUCAUAAUAGAGAACAAUUGAAGGAUCAAGUAUUGAUGACACCGUGGGAAUCUAGUGAACCGGCAGUUGUCUUGCUGGAAGUUGUAGUUCUGUUGAUAGAUCAAAAACUUCCAUGGGCAUGUAAGAUUGUCGGCUAUCUAUUGCAAAGAAAUGUCUUCACUCUAUUUAGAGAAAUUGUUCUUGUGGGGAAGGAAAAUAGAAGGCCUAACAAUUGUGUUGGAAAAGCUCCUUCAUUGGAGCGCAUGCUCUCUAUGAUAAUUUCUCAUGUUGGUCAGAAGCCAUGUAUUUGCCCACAUAUUGAUCCGCUAUGUAGUUUCUCCUCUCAGAUGCUGACAAUUCCUUUCUUAUGGCAGCUUUUUCCAAGCUUAAAAGAGGUCUUUGCAACUCGGGAGCUGAGCCGACAUUACACUCAUCAGAUGGCACUAUGUGUGCAGGGUCAUGCUAAUGUACUGCCCAAUGAUGUUUCAGCAGAAUAUCCUGGUUAUGCCUGUCUCCUUGGAAACAUGUUAGAAACUGCUGGAGUUACUUUAUCGCAGCCUGAUUGUUCAUUUGAGAUGGCCAUAGACCUUGCAGCUGUUACAACAUUCUUGUUGGAGACACUUCCUCCUAUAAAAUCAUCAAGUCGGGAAACUAGAGAAAAUUCCACACUGGCUGAGGAUGAUGCCGCACUGCCUGAUGAGAUGGAAAUAGUUUUGAAUAGAGAUUUGGAACAACAAAUAACCAAUGCUAUAAAUUCACGCUUCCUUUUACAAUUGACAAAUGUUUUAUUUGGAGAAAUUUCACUCAAUGGUUCUCAUUAUGGACUGGAUGAAAAAGAGGUUACAGCUGUUGGUGCUGCAUGUGCUUUUCUGAAUGUCAUUUUCAAUACUUUACCGCUCGAAAGAAUCAUGACUAUACUAGCUUAUAGAACUGAUCUGGUUCGAGUGCUUUGGAAUUUUAUGAAGCAGUGUCAUGAAAAGCAAAGAUGGUCAUCCUUGCCUGAGCAGUUAUUGCAUCUUCCAGCUGAUGUGCCUGGCUGGUUACUGCCUCUGGCUGUUUUUUGUCCUGUAUACAAGCACAUGCUUAUGAUUGUUGAUAAUGAGGAGUUCUAUGAACAGGAGAAGCCACUAUCAUUAAAAGAUAUCAGAUGCCUAAUUAUUAUUCUGAGACAGGCCUUAUGGCAGCUCCUAUGGGUGAAUCCUAUGGCACACAACAAUGCAGUGAAACAGAUGAUGAACACUUCUGCUUAUAGGCGGAACCCUGUUGAAUCUAUUAAACACAGAGUUAGCGUCGUAGCUUCUGAACUCCUCUCUCAGUUGCAAGAUUGGAACAACAGACGACAAUUUACUCCACCCAGUGACUUCCAUGCUGAUGGUGUUGAUGAUUUCUUCAUUUCCCAGGCUGUACUAGAUGGGACGAAAGCAAAUGACAUAAUGAAGCGAGCUCCAUUUUUGGUACCUUUUACAAGCAGGGUUAAAAUAUUCAAUUCGCAAUUAUUGGCAGCCAGGCAAAGAAAUGGGGCCCAUGGUGUUUUUACAAGGAACAGAUUCAGAAUUCGACGGGAUCAUAUUCUGGAAGAUGCUUAUAAUCAGAUGAGUGCUUUGUCUGAAGAAGAUCUUCGAGGAUUGAUUCGUGUGGCAUUUGUCAAUGAGUUUGGAGUUGAGGAGGCUGGCAUUGAUGGCGGUGGAAUUUUUAAAGAUUUCAUGGAGAACAUUACUCGAGCAGCAUUCGAUGUGCAGUAUGGAUUAUUUAAGGAAACAGCAGAUCACCUACUGUAUCCUAAUCCGGGUUCAGGAAUGAUACAUGAACAGCAUCUUCAGUUUUUCCAUUUUCUUGGAACUCUUCUUGCAAAGGCUAUGUUUGAAGGUAUUCUUGUUGAUAUACCAUUCGCAACAUUCUUCUUGAGCAAAUUAAAACAAAAGUUCAACUAUCUGAAUGACCUGCCUUCCUUGGACCCAGAAUUAUAUCGCCAUCUUAUUUUCCUGAAGCACUAUCAAGGUGACAUUUCUGAAUUGGAACUCUACUUUGUCAUUGUAAAUAAUGAGUAUGGAGAGCAAACAGAAGAAGAACUGCUUCCUGGAGGAAGAAACAAUCGUGUUACUAAUGAGAAUGUUAUUACAUUUAUUCAUCUUGUAUCCAACCAUCGUUUGAAUUUUCAGAUACGCCAACAAAGUUCUCAUUUUUUGAGGGGCUUUCAGCAGCUCAUACAGAAAGAUUGGAUUGAUAUGUUCAAUGAACAUGAACUUCAGCUCUUGAUAUCAGGUUCACUUGAAAGCUUGGAUGUUGAUGACCUUCGUCUUCAUACCAAUUAUGCAGGAGGUUAUCACAGUGAGCAUUAUGUCAUUGAGAUGUUCUGGGAAGUUCUCAAAGGCUUUUCCUUGGAAAAACAGAAGAAAUUUUUGAAGUUUGUUACUGGUUGCUCACGAGGACCACUGCUUGGAUUUAAAUUCCUUGAGCCAUUAUUUUGCAUACAGAGGGCUGCUGGCAGUGCUUCUGAAGAAGCUCUUGAUCGUUUGCCAACAUCAGCUACUUGUAUGAAUCUUCUGAAGCUUCCACCAUAUAGAAGCAAACAGCAACUGGAAACAAAAUUGCUCUACGCUAUAAAUGCUGAAGCUGGUUUUGAUUUGAGCUGAUAGAUUGUUUUUGUUUGGAUAAUACGAAGUGGAGAAAACCAAUCUAUUGACCUUGUGAUGGUCAUCAUAAUCCAUUUGAGUGACUAGGCUUCAGAGCCACCAGGAGCUGUGACAGGAGACAUAAGAUUUGUGAUAGCCCAGAGUGAAGAUGAAUUGGAACCAACAAGUUCGAUUGGAACUGUAAAUGAAGGCACGUUAGAAUAGCAUUAAGGUAUAUGUGAUGGUCAAUUUUCUGAAAGGGUUUCAAAUGUACAUAUUUGGGAACAUCUGCAGUAGGUAUAGUGUUUGUAAAGUUGGUUCAUGGUGGAGCUGUCACUGGUUCAAGUCCUGAGAGGGCAAUCAAUUAGCGAACUGUAUCUUUGUCUGAGGAAUUUCCCCUUAUAAUAUCUGUAAAUGUGAACGGGUAGUCUCUUCUGAUUUAUGUCCUUCCAAAAGCUUGUACGUGUACAGAAUGGCUUUUGUCUUUUGGUCUUUUUUUAACAAUCAUCUCGUGUCAUUAUCUAUUGCCGAGGUAGAUAAGGGCGGACGGAGUACAUGUUUCGAUUA